AUGCUCACCCUGGUGCUGUGCGCCUCCCUCAUCUUCUUUGUCAUCUGGCACAUCAUAGCCUUUGACGAGCUGCGGACCGACUUCAAGAACCCCAUUGACCAGGGGAACCCAGCGCGGGCACGCGAGCGUUUAAAAAACAUCGAACGCAUCUGCUGCCUCCUGAGGAAGCUGGUGGUCCCAGAAUACUCCAUCCACGGCCUCUUCUGUCUGAUGUUUCUGUGUGCAGCAGAGUGGGUGACCCUGGGCCUCAACAUCCCCCUUCUCUUCUACCACCUCUGGAGGUACUUCCACCGCCCUGCGGAUGGCUCUGAGGUCAUGUAUGAUGCGGUCUCCAUCAUGAAUGCUGACAUCCUCAACUACUGCCAGAAGGAGUCCUGGUGCAAACUCGCCUUCUACCUGCUCUCCUUCUUCUAUUACCUGUACAGUAUGGUUUAUACGUUGGUGAGUUUCUAAGGGGGAAGCCGGCCAGGGAGUGAGCCCAGAACGGACCGGACGCCUGUGCACCCCCAGCCCUGCCCCUCGGCCACAGAGGCCUCAGCCCUGGGGAGGGAGGGGGCACUGGUGCCCCCAGCCUCCUCUCCACCCCCCAAACUGCUGCUGCGGGGACCUCCCGCCUUCAGAGCCCCCUCCCCUUGGACUAGGGCUGGGGAGAGCUCUAAAUAGGGGCAGGGGCUCCUCUGCCAGCCUCUGGGCAUGGCAGUCAGUCCUGGAAGGGGUGGGACCUCUGGCCUUGUCCACUUCGGGGGCAAUUUGGGCCCUGCCAAGGGGCAGGGCUUGACCCUGGAAGUUCUGGGCCGCCCCUCUCCACCCCCACCCUGAGGCUCCCCCUGCAGGUGGGGGGGUACCCGCACCCGGAAUGAGCAGGCUCAGCAGGGGGGCCCAGACUAGACCCCCCACCCCUAGUCUGCCCUCUCCCCUCCCCCAGGCUCUUUCUCCAGACCCCCUCCUGUCCCCACUUGCCCCAAGCCAAGCCUACCCUGUCUCUUGGACCUAUUUUCUAUGUCGCCUGGAGGAGUCCGGCACCCCCUCCCCGGCCAUUUGUGACAAAAUAUGAAUA